CUUGAUCACUAUUAAUCAUUUGCAAAGCUGCUGUGUCUCUAUAGCCAAACGGUGAACUACACUUGUCAGAAACAGAAACGACCACUUUGUUUAUAUUUUUAUUUUUAUUAUUCAGCCCUGCUAAAAAUAGAGUUAAACCAAACCCCCUUCAUCUUACUAGAGCAGGGGUGGGGAAUCGGUGGCCCUCCAGAUGAUGUUGGACUCCAACAUUCAUCAGCCCCAGCUGGCAUGGCCAACAGCCAAGGGUAAUAGGAGUGCAGCAACAUAUGAAGGGCCACUAGUUCUGCAGCCCUGUGUAACAAGUUAUUGACUUAGGCUGAUGCACUCUUACCAGAUAUAAAGUCCCACUGAAUUUGAUGGGGCUUACUUCUAAGCAGACAUGCAUAGGAUCAAGCUGUUAGGCUCAGCUUCUGAAUAUGUAGACAAUUCCAGGUUUGGUGGCUUUUCCAGAUAAUCAGUUGUGUAACUAGGCCCUGAGAGCUUUAACAAAUACAUUGAUCGUCAUUUGGUAGGAUGGAACCACAAGUGAUUUGUAUUUUGCUGUAAAUUGGGUUAUAACAGUGGCACCACUGCGACUUCUUUCUCUUAUAAGGAUGAGAGGACUCCAACCUGGAGUUCGAUUUAAAAGGUUGUUCUAAGUCUAAAACAAAAAAAAUGAAUUAGGAUCCCCAAUUUGAUCCGACAUUAACUUUUUUUUCUACUGUGCUCAACUUGCUGCACUUCUGAAGUUCUGGGAUAUAGCUAUGAACAUAGGAAGCUGCCUUAUGCCACUCAGACUAAUGGUCCAUCAAACUCUGUAUUGUCUAUAUCAGCCUUUCCCAACCUCCUGACUUUUGGGACAAUUACUUCUCAGACUUUAGGUAUGUAAAGCAUGUGCCAAUGUAAUGUAAAGUACCACUGAGCUAGGGCAGUAUGACAGGUAACUGGGAAAUCAGAGGUCCACCAGAUUUAGUGACUGAGCUGCUAUUUACUGCAAAUGGAGGUGGGAAACUUACACAAAUAUGGUAGCUUUGUUGUAUGAAAGAGCAUGUGUGAUGCUGGUAUUAGAAGCCCCUUUUACCUAUUACCCCAGCAAAGGGGGCUCCACACACUGAAGGGGCUACUGCCCCUGUCCCCAUCAUCACACAGCUUCUUCAUCCACAAUGUCCACAUAUUAAACACAGACAUUGACAAAAGAGAAGAGAUGUGUGGAGACUUCUACAGCAUUGGCUUCUACAGGAUUGGGAGUCCCAAUUGUGCAGAGUACCUGAUCAUGAAAACCUACAUAUGUAGACUUCUGAAGAUGUCCAUACUCAAUAUGUGACUGUCAGGAUGAGUCCAAGGGCACAGCCUUUUCAGCAGUGUAUCUGGAGGGGGGCACCAGUAAUUGCUUUUGAUGUGAACUGAGCACAGGAAACCUGUAUAUGGUCUCGACUUGUGCAGUGGAUUUUUAUUAUAAUGCCGAUCAGGAGUUCACCAUGAAGAUAUUGCACUUCCAUGUUCAGUUGCAUUUCAGAAUUGUUUGGAUUGCUUUCUGGAGGCUUUGCAUAGCCACCUUAAAUCAUGGACAUCGUUGGAUUUCUGAAGUCUCAAUUCAUUUGCCAUCUACUUAUCAGUUAUAUAUUUAUAGUGUCGGGACUGAUAAUCAACUUCAUCCAACUCUUCACAUUAAUCCUCUGGCCGUUCAACAAGCAACUUUUCAGAAAGGUCAACUGCAAGCUGGCUUAUUGCAUUUCAAGCCAGUUGGUGAUGUUGCUGGAAUGGUGGUCAGGCACUACUUGCACCCUCUACACGGAUCCCCAGGAUUACCACAAGUAUGGGAAAGAGAAUGCCAUCGUAAUCCUUAAUCACAACUUUGAAAUCGACUUUCUCUGUGGUUGGAACUUUUGUGAAAGAUUUGGGGUUUUGGGGAGUUCCAAAGUACUUGCAAAAAAAGAACUUUCUUAUAUGCCAAUCAUUGGCUGGAUGUGGUACUUCCUUGAGAUAGUUUUCUGCAAGCGCAAAUGGGAGGAGGAUCGGAAAACUGCCAUACAAGGCCUGCUUAAUCUCCGAGACUAUCCUGAAAACUUCUGGUUUCUGAUUCACUGUGAAGGCACAAGAUUCACGGAGCAAAAACACGAAAUCAGCAUGCAGGUAGCUAAAGCCAAAGGCCUGCCUGAGCUCAAGUAUCACCUGUUGCCACGAACAAAGGGAUUUGCUGUCACUGUCCAGUGUUUGAGAAAUGUAGUUUCAGCUGUGUAUGACUCUACACUGAACUUUAGAAAUAAUGAAAAUCCAACUUUGCUGGGAGUUUUAAAUGGGAAAAAAUACCAGGCAGAUUUACAUGUAAGGCGGAUUCCAUUAGAGGAAAUCCCAGAAGAUGAGCAGGAAUGUUCUAACUGGCUUUACAAACUCUAUCAAGAAAAGGACUCUUUUCAAGAGGAAUACUACAGAACAGGAGCCUAUCCGGGCACUCCAAUAGAGCCACCCCGGCGGCCAUGGACUCUCUUGAAUUGGCUUUUCUGGGCCUUAUUGUUGCUAUAUCCUUUGUUCAAGCUGCUCAUCAACAUGAUCAGCAGUGGUUCAUCACUGACUCUGGCUACAUUUGCCUUUGUUUUCAUUGCAGCUUCUGCUGGUGUUCGAUGGAUGAUAGGAGCUACAGAAAUUAACAAAGGUUCAACUUAUGGCAACCAUGGCCACAAAGGGAAACGAAAGUGAAAUCUCCAGAGACUGCUUCAUAUCCAAAGGGAAUACACGCGCCUCCUGUGGCCUGCUGUGUCUGUCAUUCUCCUUCAAACCUGAGGAUGAGGAAGCCUAAUGGAGAGACGGCCAUACAUUAGCUGAAUUCAUUCUCUCUCCUCAUUCCUCCCACAUGCUGGGGAUGUUGAUCAAUAUUCUGCACAUGAUUCUUUCAUUUUUUCCCCUCUAUCCAAAUUUCUGUUAAGAUGGUUUUUCACAGAAAGGUGUCUAUUUAAAAUUAAGGAAAAGAAAUAUGCAAAGAGACAGUAGAGUAAGGAAGCAGCUGAAGGAAUUGUUGCUCAGUUUCUUCUCCCUGUCCCCAAAGCUUUAACAGAUUUAACAGUGUCGAAUAAAAUUUACUUUCUUACAAAAUGAAUAAAACAGAUUAUUUUCUGUCUAAAACCCUAAGAAAAGCCCUGCUAUAUCAGACCAAAGGCCCAUCGUCCACCGUUCUGUUCCCGCAGUGGCUAGCCAGAUAGCUGUGGGAAGCCCACAAGCAAGAUCCAAGCACAAUAGCAGUCUCCCGCAUGGGACCCACAGCAACUGGCAUCCAAAGGGAUAAUGUCUAUGAGCCUGGAGGAAGUAUACAGCCAUCAUGACUAAUAGCCACUGAUAGCCUUAUCCUCCAUGAAUUUGUCUAAUUCUCAAAGUUGUCUAAGUUGGCCAUCGCAUCUUAAGGUAACAAAUUCCAUAUUUGACACAUUGUGACGUUUCUCCUUCUGUUCGUCUUGAAUUUCCCACCUAGUAUUGAGAGGGAGAUACACAUCUCACCAUGCAUAAUUUUAUACACCAUAAUUCUGCCCCCCCUUACUUGCCUCUAUCCUAAACUAAAUUACCCCCAGCUUUACCUUUCUUUAUAGCAGAGUUACUGCAGCCAUCUGAUAAUUCCAGUUGCCUUUUUUAAGCUUUUCCAGCUCUACAAUGCACUUUUUGAGAGGCGUUGACCAGAAGUACGCACAGUAUUCUAGGUUUGGUAAUAUCAUAGAUUUGUAUAGAAACAUUGCAGUAUUGGUAGUUCUUUCCCCUCACUCCCUUUCCUAAUGAUUCCUGACUUGAAAUUUGGCUUUUUUAAACAGUAGCCUGAUAUGGGGUUGGUUUUUAAUGAGGUCUCCGCUACGGCUCCAAGCUCCCUUCCCUGGGUAGUGACUGCUAAAGGAGGAGUAGGGGGGCAAGUCCCCUUCAACGAGGAGCUUGCCCUCCAACCACUAUAUUUCACCCAACUAGAAAUAUACUUUGCCCCUUCUGUGCCCCCUGAAUUUUUUCUGGUGUCUGUGCCCCCCCCCAUUUUUUUUCUGGUGCCAUUGCUGGACACCAGCAAUGUACAUGUGAAGAUAGCAUUUUUGCCCUAGUAUGCAUUGUUUUAUAUUUAUCUACAUUAAAGUGCAUUUGCUGUUUUUAUUGCUCA